AUAACCAGACUUCCGGUCCAUGGACAAACUCAACAGAGGCGUACUCGAAGAAACUUCACAGAACAGGUUCUGGUGCUAAGCAUAAAACGAGCAAUGGGCCAUACUGUGUGUUUGCCGUUUUAUGUCCCAUCGUUUUUGUCAUCGGUAUUGCUUUAGGUAUUAUAAUCGGGCGUUUUGCUCUUCCGCGUCCAAAUCAAAUAAGUCAAAAUAUUGCAAAGCAAUCCGGGUCGUUCAUGAUGAAACAAACUACGCUUUCACCAACCACUGCUCAAGAAACAACACAAGUUCCUAUACAAACAUCGGAGACAAACGUAGAAGACACGUGUGUAUGUACGACUGUGGCACCGGAAGAAGUCACUACCGAAAAUUCAGGUGACGAAUGCAGAACGUGCCCGACACGAAAUCCAAACUUAUCGUCUGGAAAUGAAACUAAACUGUCGUUGUUCGCGCCAUUAACUAUUGAAGAGAUAAAAUUGACUUUAAAAGUACUCGAGGUUCGCGGAUAUAUAUCUCCUGAAAGUUAUUCUUUGGCAGAAAAUAGGGCAGCACACGUGUCUUUAUAUCCGGUUAAGAAGUCGCAUGCUCUUGAUCACCUUGACAACGGCGGUCCUUUUCCGGGAAGAUUUGCUCAAGUAAAUGUUGCUCGUGGAGCAAUUACUCCACCAGAUUUCAUGGAAUACAAAAUUGGACCAUUGAACGAAACUUUUCAGAACAUAAAAGUAGAACAAAAAUUAAGAGAUGGAGAAGUUCAUUUUAACCGACGUCCGUUUGAUGCAUCUGAAUUUGGAAGUAUUAUGAGAAUUGUUUCUAUAAACAUGGGUGAUAUCAAAAAGUUAUUGAGUGAAAGUUUCGGCGGUGCUACAUAUCCAAGAACUGUGGGUAUACAAUUCGGCAUGUUACCCUCCGUUAGUGAAAAUGACCGAUUGUCAACGGUGUUUUUAUAUCUUAAAAUGAGUGGUUAUUUAACAGUAAGAAUUCUUCCUAUUACAUGUAUUGUUCAUCAUCCGGGCACUAAUACUUCUCAAUGGUACGCGUCAGAUUUUUACUAUGCGUCACAGGGGCCUUUCAGUUCUUUUAAAGAAAUGCAAAUGUUAUACAAUAAUGGAUCAUUACGAAAAGUGUCGUACCCGAAGUCGUAUUAUUCAGAUCAUUAUAACGAGUUUGGUCUUAAUUUAAAUUCCUCAUUGCCGCAGAGACCUUUAUCCCAUCUUCCACCACCAAGAACCUACGAACCUAAGGGACCAAGGUAUACAAUAAAAGGGCAUCAGGUAGAAUGGAUGGGCUGGCAAUUCGAAUUUAGUUCUAGUCCAAUGCAUGGGCCGGCGAUAUUCGACGUAAGAUUUAAAAAUGAAAGAAUAGCAUAUGAAAUAUCUUUACAAGAUGUGACGCUUAUUUAUUCUUCACAGACGAAUGGGGCAGGACCACCGACAUUGUCCGACACAAUGUUUUUACUUGGCAGUUACAACACACCAAGGUUCGGCUUGGACUGUCCAGACCGAAGUUCUUUACUCCAUGCAACUAAAUAUAUGUAUGGCUAUCCCCAGGAUAUGAAAGCCGCGUGUGUGUUUGAAGCAGACGGUCAGAAAGCUUUAUGGCGCUUUCAGUCAAAAGGUUUGGCUGACCACCAUCUGAUAAUCCGUGCAUCAAUGAACCUUGGGAACUAUGACUACACUCUUGAAUGGAAAUUUUUCCUCGAUGGAAGCUUAGAAACUCUACUCUCAGCUUCCGGUUUUCUGUACGGUGCAUUCUGGGACCCCAACGAUCCUUACCUCGGCGUUGAUAAAAGUGCUACUCCUUUCGGAUAUAGAAUUUCGGACUUCCAAAUUGGUCCUAUUCAUAAUCAUAAUUAUUUAUUUAAAGUAGAUCUCGAUAUUUUAGGGACAAAUAACAGUUUUCAAACCGUCAAUUGGCGGGCAGGCAGUGCACUCGAAGCUUUCCAGUCACGUGCUAAUAUAUCUGAAAAACCAGGAUUUUUCUACUUCAACAAUACACGAUAUUUGCAACAAGAACUUCACGAAUACGAAAAAACAUUUAUAACGAACCCUCUAAAACCGAAAUAUUUUACAGUUGUCAACGAAAAUGAACGUAACUAUUGGGGCAAUUUACGCAGCUAUAGAAUUAUACCAUAUUCAAAGUCAGUGGAAAUUUUAGAAGAACAUAUGAUGUUAAAUGCAUGGGACGAUUUAAAAUACAUGCUGGCAGUUACCAAACACAACGAUAGCGAACAAUAUGGAACCACCUCGUGGUAUGACCUUACGCAUCCAGAUCAAGCCAUUAAAGGCGUAGGUCGAUUUCUAAAUAACGAAACUAUACGGAGCGAAGAUCUUGUUGUUUGGGUUAGUGAGAAGUUUUUUCAUGCGCCAUCAUCGGAAGAUUUACCGAUGACAUUGUCGGUGCCCAGUGGCUUCAUGCUAAAACCGUACAACUAUUUUGAUAGGACGCCAGUAUUUGAUGUCAACGGACAUUAUUCUAAGUAUACAGAACCCUAUGUGAUUGAAGAAUGUUACGAAAAUUUUAAAUAAAAUGUUAUU